AUGCCAACUAUGUUGGAACUCCUGUAUCCGUUAAACGAUUCAUUCUCACGCAAGUAUGACAUGUACAUGCGAAGAUCGCAAAUUCAGGGUCCAUUAGAAGGUACUGUCAAUGAAUUUUGGCAAAUGGUAUUGCAAGAAGAAGCAGAAACCAUAGUCAUGCUUUGUAACUGCAUUGAAACUGUGAGUAGGUUGAAGGGCGCAAUGCCCCUAAUCUAG